AGGCAGGUUUGGCGCCAUAUUCUGUGUAGGAGACAAGAGAGCAGCAGUGUUGAGGCUCCAUGUACCACACAUUCUCAACAUUACCACUAGUUUAAGUCACUUUUAGGGAGUCGUGCGGUCAUGGCUAAAGUGCAUAUAGUGAACGUGGUUGUGCUAGACAACCCCUCGCCCUUUUUCAAUCCCUUUCAGUUCGAGAUAACGUUCGAGUGUGUGGAGGACCUGCAGGAAGAUCUGGAAUGGAAAAUAAUUUAUGUAGGCAGUGCGGAGAGCGAGAACUACGACCAGACUCUUGACACUGUAUAUGUUGGUCCAGUACCAGAGGGUAAACAUAUGUUUGUAUUUCAGGCCGAUCCUCCAGAUGAAAAUAAAAUUCCUGUUGGGGAUGCUGUUGGUGUUACUGUUGUGCUAUUAACAUGUGGAUAUAAGGGGCAGGAGUUUGUGCGUGUUGGUUAUUACGUCAACAACUCUUACACAGAUCCUGAACUACAGGAAAACCCACCAGAUGUACCACAGUUUGACAAGCUACAAAGAAACAUCUUGGGGUCUCAGCCACGUGUCACAAAAUUUAAAAUUGAUUGGGAUGAUGCUAAGGACGCUGAAAAUAUCCCUCCUUCAGAAAAUGCAAGUGAAGGGGCCUCUACCUCCCAAAAUUCAUCAGACAUGAAACCUGUCCUAUCGAUGGAGACCAGCAAUAGUGCUUGUGCCAUGGAAGUUGCAUAAAACUUAAGUGUACAGUUGGGAUUUCAUAUUUGCAUUAAUUUUCAUAUUGUAAAUGUCUUGUAUGUGGUAGGUUAAGUUUUAAUUUGUACUGUACCUGUUCACUUGCCCUGCCAUUGCAGACAAUUAUGUCAUGGAUAAAGAAAAUAUUUUAAUAUUUGCAUUAUAUUUAUUAACAUGUUACAUAGGCAAAAUUUUGAAUAUUUUAUGUUCACAAAACAGAAAAUACAUAUAUACAGUAUAUAUAUAUAUAUAUAUUUUAAAAAAAAUCACAUUAUGCAUCCUUAUUUUUAUUUUCACUACAUUUAUCUUGUAUUAGUGAUCUGUUUGUUGGUCAUGAGAUCUGAAUUUGACCACCUGGAAUCUUGGGUCAUACACUGCAACAGUCCCCAAGAAGGCAUGAGAUCUCCAGUUGAAUGGUACUCUCUACUUGGUGGCAGAUGCUUAACGAUGCAUACAUGUACAAAUAAAAUUAGCUCAAAUGGAUGGUUGAGGCGACAACAAAUUGGCAGUGUAGUUACUUAUUUACUAGUCCUGUUCUGAAAGAAUAUUGCUAUAUAUAUUUGUUUUAAUUAAAUGUGAUUUUUUUUCUUGUC